AUGCACCCGCUGCGGACUCUGGCGUCGGCUCUUGCCGCCGUCGUGCUGGCGGUUCCCUCCUCGCUAGCGUACUCGGUCAGGAGAAACCCCCUUCGCUCGGUGUCGUUCGUCGACGACGCCGUCAUCAAGACGCCCUCGCACCGCGUCCACGCCUACUCCGCCUUCGACCUCACCUUCACCCUGCGCGACGGACGGCGCAAGGUUCGCUUGGUGCUCGAACCCAACGACGACCUGAUACACGACGACUUCGGCGUCACCAUCCUCGCCGCCGACGGCACCGUUCGCCGCGUCGAAAAGGUCGCCCGGACCGAGUUCAAGGUCUUCCGGGGCGAUGCCUUCAUCGACCGCCCGGGGCACGGCGGAUGGUCCAAGGCCGGCUGGGCUCGCAUCACCGUGCGCGAGGAUGGGGAGAGGCCCAUCUUCGACGGUGCCUUCCGCAUCGACGGCGACAACCACCACGUGCAGACGGCCGUCGAGUACCUCCAGCUGCGCGGCGACGACGACCCCGUCAUCCGGUCCUCCGAGGGCGCCAUGGUCUUCUUCCGCGACUCCGACGUCAUGGAUUCCCCCGACGAGGCCACGGAGCUGAAGCGGAGAUCCGUCCAGGAGUCCCUCUGCGACGCCGACUCGCUCGACUUCAACGGCAAGUUCGACCCGCGCUCGCAGUCGCCCGGCCUCCUCGACAUCCGCUCCCUCUUCGGCCGCCAGGCCAUCGACGGCGGCGGUAGCGGCAGCGGCCUGAACCUCGUCAGCUCCAUCGGCUCCGUCGACGGCUGCCCGACGACGAGGAAGGUGGCCCUCGUCGGCAUCGCCACCGACUGCACCUACUGGGAAGACUUCGACACGCAGGAGGAGUUGCGGCAGAACGUCAUCAGCAUGGUGAACAAGGCCUCGCAGGUCUACGAGAGCACCUUCAAGAUCUCGCUCGCCAUCCAGAACCUCACCAUCAGCGAGAAGGGCUGCCCCGGCACGCCGUCGCAGUUCACGCCCUGGAACGUCAACUGCAGCUCGCAGGUGACCAUCAACGACCGGCUCAACACCUUCUCCAAGUGGCGCGGCCAGUUCUCCGACGACAACGCCUACUGGACCCUGCUGACCAAGUGCGCGACCGACUCGGCCGUCGGCCUGGCCUGGCGAGGCCAGCUCUGCCGCACCGGCUCGGGCGACAACAGCAACGGCAAGGGCAGCAACGAGACGGUGGCGGCCACCAACGUCGUCGUCCGGACCGCCUCCGAGUGGCUCAUCUUCGCCCACGAGUCCGGCCACACCUUCGGCGCCGUCCACGACUGCACCGCCUCGGCCUGCCCCGUCGGCCAGACGAGCCAGGCCUGCUGCCCGCUGAGCCAGUCGUCGUGCGACGCCGGCGGCCGCUUCAUCAUGAACCCGUCGACGAGCUCGGGCAUCACCCAGUUCUCGCCCUGCAGCAUCGGCAACAUCUGCGCCGGCCUCAAGUCCAACAUGAUCAAGGGGACCUGCCUCUCGGACAACAAGAACGUCAAGACCAUCACCGGCAGCCAGUGCGGCAACGGCAUCGUCGAGGCCGGCGAGGACUGCGACUGCGGCGGCGAGUCGGGCUGCAAGGACAACAAGUGCUGCGACGCCAAGACGUGCAAGUUCGCCGCCGGCGCCGUCUGCGACGCCACCAACGAGGACUGCUGCACGGCCGAGUGCCAGUUCGCCGCCAACGGCACCGUCUGCCGCGACAGCGCCGGCGUCUGCGACGUCGCCGAGGUCUGCCCCGGCAACCACGCGGCCUGUCCCGAGGACAAGCACAAGGGCAACGGCGACGGCUGCGGCGACGGUCUCGCCUGCGCCUCGGGCCAGUGCACCUCGCGGGACAUGCAGUGCAAGAGCAUGUCCAACAGCCUCUGGGGCGUCGACAACACCAACGCCUGCCCCGACGAGGGCGGCUGCCUCCUCACCUGCACCUCGCCCGACCUCACGUCCGGCCAGUGCGUCGUCUACAACCAGUACUUCCUCGACGGCACGUCCUGCGGCGGCGGCGGCCUCUGCAUGGGCGGCUCGUGCGAGGGCUCGUCGACCAUUAAGGAAAUCGGCCUGUGGAUCGAGAGGCACAAGCCCAUCUUCAUCCCCGUCGUCUGCAUCGUCGGCGGCCUCCUCCUCGUCGCCAUCGUCAGCUGCAUCGUCAGCAGCGUGCGGAAACGGUCCCGCCGCCGGAGGUUGCCGAAGCAGCAGCCGUCGCCGCCGGACAUGAGCACCUGGCCGUCCCGCAACGUCCCCGACGCCGGGGGACCGGCGCCGUGGAACCAGCAGCAGUCGUGGCCCUUGUCGUCGGGCGCCAUGGCCAACCCCGGCGGCAACUACCCUCCGCCGCCGGAAGCCUCGAACUACCCCUAUCCGCCUCCCGUCGCGGAUCGCCAACGGAGCGUGCGAUACGCCUAG